AUGAUGGCCUACGGGGCAACCACCGGGAACGGAGGCGCGAUGGGCCCCACCUCGGGUGGCACGGACGUUUUGGGAUCGGCCGGCGAUUAUAGCCCGCAGGGGACACCGACGCCCCUCACCGGGCACGCAACGGGGCCCGUCGAGGCGGCGAGCGCGUACGGUCCCGGGACCGGGCCCGCCAGUUACAGCCCCCAGGAUAGUCCAGCGAGCUCCGCCGGCGGCGGCGGCGGAACCGGGACCAACGGGCAACUGCCCAGCUUCGGAUUCACCCAGGAACAGGUCGCCUGUGUUUGCGAGGUUCUCCAGCAGGCAGGAUCCGUGGAGAGGCUAGGCAGGUUUCUAUGGUCUUUGCCGGCCUGCACCAGGCUGCACCGGCACGAGAGCGUACUGAAGGCGAAGGCGAUCGUUGCGUUUCAUCGGGGACAUUUCAAGGAGCUGUACAGGAUCCUCGAGAGCCACACGUUCAGCCCGCACAAUCAUACGAAACUGCAGGCGCUCUGGUUGAAGGCCCAUUAUAUCGAGGCCGAGAGACUGAGGGGAAGGCCUCUCGGUGCAGUCGGGAAGUACCGUGUUCGACGCAAGUUUCCCCUGCCCAGAACGAUCUGGGACGGCGAGGAGACGUCUUAUUGCUUCAAGGAGAAGUCCAGGAGCGUGCUGAGGGAUUGGUACGCGAGCAAUCCGUAUCCGUCGCCCCGUGAGAAACGGGAACUCGCGGAAACCACGGGACUGACCACCACGCAAGUCAGUAACUGGUUCAAGAACAGGCGACAAAGGGAUCGUGCAGCCGAGCACAGCGGGCAGAGGGAAGACAAAACCCACGGUGGCGGACUCGGUGAUUCCAGCAGCGAGAGCGGAGACGAGGCGAAGAGGCAGGCUGUCGGUCAGCAACAACCCCAGCAACCGUCCUCGUGUGCCGUUCAGCAGCAACAGCAGCAGCAGCAACAGCAACAACAAAUGGUGGAGCACCAGCAGACGCCGAGCAUGUAUCAGCUACCGCCACCAGUCUCUGUCUCCAGUCCUCACUCGUACCAUCAGGGUCACGGCUCGACCCUGAGCCAUCCUCACACGCCGACCCACCACAUGCAACACCACGACACCAGCAGCGAGAGCGGCGACGACAAACGGAAUCUCCAUCAUCAGCUGCAACAUCAUCUACAGGUCGGCGCGCACGGUGCGCACGGUCUGGUGCAUCCGACGGCGACCUUGCCGCCGCCGCCGCCCAGCUGCGCCCAGCAGAAGAGCCAGUUGGACUACAUGCAGUACUACAGUCCCCAGGACUACCUGAUAGGCACGCCGACCUCGGCCGAUCUCCAGAAGUCCCUUCCUCACACGGCCACGUCGAUGCAGAUGGGUGCUAUAGCUCCUUCCAUGGGUGGGCUGAGCCCAAUGGGUCCGUCGACGAUGCUACCGAACACGAUGCAGGGCGUGAACACGAUGAACACAAUGUCGAUGAACGGCAUGGGAAUGGGGGCGUACCAGGGUAUGGGCUCGAUGGGUAUGUCGACGUCACACGGCGGUUAUCACAGCGGCCUCGUGCUUGGUGAUUACCAUUCGUUGUGACCCUGGGCCCCGGGCAGCCAGAGCAAAGGAACCAAGAGGAAACUGCUGAACGGUGAACUCGUCUCGUAAGGGUCC